GUUUAGAGGGGAGAAGUUGGUUGGGAAGGAUCUCGAGUGCUCUCCUACCGUGAGGCAGGGCCCGGUGUGCUUAAACUUAUCCCUGACAGACAUUGACUUAAUUGGCUCAUACAGAUUAUGAAAUUCAGGGGGUGCCUUCUCCCCGCCUCCAAGGUAAGCUGCUUCAAUGCUUAGCUAUCAUUUAUGGUUAGAAUUUUUCCUUAAUAGCUGACCUAAAUCUCCUUGGUUAAAACUAAGCUGAUUAUUAUCUUGCACUAUCCAGAGUAGACCUGGAGAACAAUGGAUCAGUGUUCUCUUGUCAGCAGAGUGGUGGGUGUCUGCAAGUUUCCACUCACAAUCUUCUCCAAACUGAGUGAACCCAGUUCUCGUGUUUCUCUGGUCCCUGAGCUCUGUUGGGCAUUUCCAUCAUCCUUGGACUGUUAAACCCAGAGCUAGGUGCAGUACUCCGGUGGAGAUACUGUUAGCUCUGAGGAAGUGGAGUAAUUAUCUCCCUUGUGUAUGGCAUCCCUCUUAAAAACAUUCCAGAAUGAUGCUGUCUUAUUUGGCAACAUUCUCGCAUUACUGAAAUAAUUCAGUUUGUGAUCCACUGUAAACCAGAUCCUUUUUCGCUAUACUGCUACCCAGGGAAUUACUCCUGAAGAGAUGUCUCACAUUAAAAAUCAUGGAGCUAGGAAAGGCGAAGCUUCUGAGAACUGGCCUUAAUGCCUUAUACCAAGCAAUUCACCCUGUGCACGGUAUUGCCUGGACAGAUGGGAAACAGGUGAUACUAACUUCUUUACACCUUCAUAAUGGAGAACCAAAAUUUGGUGACUCAAGUGUUGUCGGUCAGUUUGAACAUGUCCAUGGACUCUACUGGGGCCCGUGUCCCCCUGAUGCCCCAGCUCUGCUCGCUGUUCAACAUAAAAAGCAUAUCACCAUUUGGCAGCUCUGUUUUAAUGUUACAGAAAGAAAUAAGCUCUUAGUUUCUCAGAUAUGUGACAUCAGCGAGCCGUUUCCAGUGCUCCCCCAAGGCUGCGUGUGGCAUCCAAAGAAGGAGAUCUUGGCUGUGCUAACUACACGGGAUGCCUCUGUUUUACACUCUGUUCAUCUCAACAACUCCAGAAUUAAAGCAGAUAUUAAAGGCAGCGGUCUCAUCCACUGCGCUUGUUGGACAAAGGAAGGCAAUCGCUUAGUAGUGGGAGUAGGCAGUGCCCUUCAUUCUUAUAUUUGGGAUGAUGGUCAGAAAACACUGAAUGCUUGUUCUUUUUGCCCGAUCUUUGAUGUGGGAGGCUACAUCUGUGCUGUGGAAGCUACUCUGAACUUCCAAGUUGCUGUUGCCACUGAGCUUCCUCUAGACAAGAUCUGUGGCUUAAAUGCUGGUGUUGCAUUUGAAGUUCCAGCGAGCAUUGAAACAGAGUCCUUUCCCUCGCAGUCCAGCUUAUGCGGUGAGGAAGAGUAUUCCAUGGAUGGGGGGAAAAAGUCACUGGACUCUGAGAAGCCCUUGCCUGUUGUUACAUCUCCUGUGGAUCUAACUCACAUACUUUCUAGCAAGCAGGGUGCUGAUUCCAGUCCUCUCCUUCAUCUGAGGCCAAAGGACUACCUAACGGGAAGUGGCCAAGAUUCUUCACAUCUCAUCUUGGUGACUUUUGAAAGAAAGGUUACCUCUACCAAAAAAGUUAGCAUCCCAGGCAUUCUGGUUCCUGAUAUAAUGGCUUUUGACCCCAAAACUCAAACUGUAUCGGUCGCCUCCAAUACUUGUAACGUUAUUUUAGUCUAUUCACUGACUUCAUCCAAUUUACCCAAUAUUCAACAAAUUCAGCUAGAGAAAAAUGAAAAACCAAAGGGUUUGUGCUUCUUGACCAAUAAAUUGUUACUGAUACUGGUUGGAAGACAAAAAUUCACUGACCCUGCAUUUCUUCCCUCUUCAAGAUCAGACAAAUAUAUGAUCCGAUUGAUGAUUAAGGAACUAAUAUUUGAAAUGGAUCCUUCAACACCUGCAUCGGUUAAUGGGAGCUCCAAUUCGAACCUUUCAAACAUACCUCAUGAUCUCUCUACAGAUGUUCACCCUCUCAGCCGUGGACUCUUGAUACCAGAUCGUGCUGCCAUUCAGUCCCCUACUAGCAGAAGGAAACUCAUUGAAGAAAUUAAGAGUCCUGUUUAUGAACAAAGCUUGUUCUUGAACAUGAGUGACCUCAAAGAUAAAAAGAUUUCCAUGAAUUUUCCUCCAGCUGUUGAGCCUCUCGAUGCCGAACCAGUUAAUCGGACUGUGGCACUGUCUGCCGCAUCGCUGGCCUUUCCUAACAAGCCAGCAUCUCCAAAAAGGCAGGCAGAUGCAGCUUCCAAAAUACCAAAUUCUUACAAGAAUAACCUAUUAAGUGAAAAGGAGGCGAGUUACUUUUUGAAAAAUGUAGAAAAACUGUCCGGUAACUUCACAGAAUUGCAGCAUCAUCUCUGUGAAUUAACUGAGCUGCUAAAAUCUGGGAAGAGAAAUCUUCCAGUGUACCCAUCUUCUCACGAGCCCUCUUUUAUUAACAUCACCUGCCAGAAGCAGCUUUCCAGAAGUGAUUCAGAUGAAAGACGAGCUGUUAUUCUUUGUAGUGGUAAACUCCGUCUAAAUAUAGUCCAGCAGAUAUUCAAUCUCUCUCUUGUAGAAAUGCAACAUGGUUCAUCUUGGAUUGUUCUCACAGCGGACAGCGAGGGCUUUGUUCCGUUAACGUUUACAUCCACGCAGGAGAUAGUCGUAAGAGAUGCCAGUAUGAAAGGCUACAGUGCCCGUUCUUCCAAAACUUUGGACAUCAUCAGUUCUACAGAAGGGUGCAGACCCGCUUCUUCUGAAGGUCUGGAUAUCACGAGUUCUUUGGAAGUCCUCAGAGACUGCUCCUCCAAGGCCUUAGACAGCAGCAGUCCUUCAGAACAGCCCAGCAGUAAAAUGUAAUUUUUGACAGUGAUUUUGUAAUGUCUGUCUUAUAAUGGGAGACUUUUAAAUUUACUGUAUAGGGCUGCAAAUUCUAAACAACAGUCUGUCUCAAAUCUCUGUUGGAUUUCUGUAAUUUUUUUGUUGCAUAUAACUGUAAAUUAUUUAUUUGAUGCUUGGAAACAUUAACUUUUCUUUUUGUACUGAGCAGUGUUUUUUAAAUAUGCCUUUUGCAGUAUAGACCAGGUCUUUGUAUCAGUGGUUGAAAACACGUGUUCCUACAAGCUUCUGAGCUAAAGUUUCCAUCUUGGUCUUUAAUAUGUUGGUGUUUUUAGAUGAUAGUAAACUUGCAUAAUAAAGAAACCCUUGAAAACGC